GCUUCUGCCAACAACCAAUUCUCCUCCAUCUCUCUUCCUCCUCAUCCUCUCUAUCCUCCUAUUGAUUCCACCCUCAUCGUCCACCCUUUUAUCCCCUUUCCAUCCCCUCCAUCUUCUUUUCCUUUUCUCUCUCUUUUUCCCUUUUCUUGGUUUCUUUGUCUGGCUUUCUCGCUUGCCGGAUUUUCCUCCUCCCUUGGCCGCAUUGAACCCUGCGUCACCGCGGCUUCUGUCCACCUAUCUAUCAGUUGACACCUCGCUCGCCCAAAAUGAGCGCCGAACCUGAUCACACCCACGACAAGAAGAGGGUCAAUCUCAAUGACCCCUCGGGCGCCGAGAAGAAAGAUGAGCUGGAUACCUCGACAGCCAUUCUGAAGAAGAAGAAGAAGCCCAACUCGCUGAUCGUCACCGAUGCCGUCAACGAUGAUAACUCCGUCAUCGCCCUCUCCAACAACACUAUGGAUACCCUGCAGCUCUUCCGAGGUGACACCGUCCUCGUCAAGGGCAAGAAGCGCAAGGAUACCGUCCUGAUCGUGUUGGCGGAUGAUGAUCUCGAUGACGGCAGUGUUCGCCUGAACCGUGUCGUCAGACACAACCUCCGCGUCAAGCACGGCGACAUCGUUACCGUUCACCCGUGCCCCGACAUCAAAUAUGCCAAACGCAUUGCUGUCCUCCCCAUCGCCGACACCGUCGAGGGUCUGACCGGUUCCCUGUUCGAUGUCUACCUGGCCCCCUACUUCCGCGAAGCCUACCGUCCCGUCCGACAGGGUGAUCUCUUCACCGUACGAGGCGGCAUGAGACAGGUCGAGUUCAAGGUCGUCGAGGUGGACCCCCCCGAGUACGGCAUCGUGGCCCAGGAUACCAUCAUCCACUGCGAGGGUGAGCCGAUCCAGCGCGAGGACGAGGAGGGCAACCUCAACGAGGUCGGAUACGAUGACAUCGGUGGCUGCCGGAAGCAGAUGGCCCAGAUCCGCGAACUGGUCGAGCUGCCCCUGCGCCACCCCCAGCUGUUCAAGUCCAUCGGUAUCAAGCCCCCCCGCGGUAUCCUCAUGUACGGCCCGCCCGGUACGGGUAAGACCCUGAUGGCCCGUGCCGUGGCCAACGAGACCGGCGCCUUCUUCUUCCUCAUCAACGGCCCCGAGAUCAUGUCCAAGAUGGCCGGUGAGUCCGAGUCGAACCUGCGCAAGGCGUUCGAGGAGGCCGAGAAGAACUCGCCCGCCAUCAUCUUCAUCGACGAGAUCGACUCGAUCGCGCCCAAGCGUGAGAAGACCAACGGCGAGGUCGAGCGCCGCGUCGUCUCGCAGCUCCUGACCCUGAUGGACGGCAUGAAGGCCCGCUCCAACGUGGUCGUCAUGGCCGCCACCAACCGCCCCAACUCCAUCGACCCCGCCCUCCGCCGGUUCGGUCGCUUCGACCGCGAGGUCGACAUCGGCAUCCCCGACCCCACCGGCCGCCUGGAGAUUCUGUCGAUCCACACCAAGAACAUGAAGCUCGGCGACGACGUCGACCUGGAGACCAUCGCCGCCGAGACGCACGGCUACGUCGGCUCCGAUCUCGCCUCGCUGUGCUCCGAGGCCGCCAUGCAGCAGAUCCGCGAGAAGAUGGACCUCAUCGACCUGGACGAGGACACCAUCGAGGCCGAGGUGCUCGACUCGCUGGGUGUCACCAUGGAGAACUUCCGCUACGCCCUGGGCGUGUCCAACCCGUCGGCCCUGCGCGAGGUCGCCGUGGUCGAGGUGCCCAACGUGCGCUGGGACGACAUCGGUGGUCUCGAGGAGGUCAAGCGCGAGCUCAUCGAGAGCGUGCAGUACCCCGUGGACCACCCCGAGAUGUUCCAGAAGUUCGGCCUGUCGCCCUCGCGUGGUGUCCUGUUCUACGGCCCGCCCGGUACGGGUAAGACGAUGCUGGCCAAGGCCGUGGCCAACGAGUGCGCGGCCAACUUCAUCUCCGUCAAGGGCCCGGAGCUGCUGAGCAUGUGGUUCGGCGAGUCCGAGAGCAACAUCCGCGACAUCUUCGACAAGGCCCGCGCGGCCGCGCCGUGUGUGGUGUUCCUGGACGAGUUGGACUCGAUUGCCAAGUCGCGUGGUGGCUCCGUCGGCGAUGCCGGCGGUGCGUCCGACCGUGUUGUCAACCAGCUUCUGACCGAAAUGGACGGCAUGACGUCGAAGAAGAACGUGUUCGUCAUCGGUGCGACCAACCGACCGGAGCAGCUGGAUGCGGCCCUGGUCCGUCCCGGCCGUCUGGACACCCUGGUGUAUGUGCCGCUGCCCGACCAGGCUUCCCGUGAGGGGAUCCUCAAGGCGCAGCUGCGCAAGACUCCGGUGGCGCCGGAUGUCGACAUGAGCUUCAUCGCCAGCAAGACGCACGGCUUCUCGGGUGCCGAUCUCGGAUUCGUGACGCAGCGGGCGGUCAAGCUGGCGAUCAAGCAGGCGAUCUCGGCGGACAUUGAGCGCCAGAAGCAGCGCGAGGCCAACGGCGAGGACGUCAAGAUGGAGGAGGACGACGCGGCGGACGAGGAGGACCCGGUGCCGGAGCUGACGCGGGCGCACUUCGAGGAGGCGAUGAAGUCGGCGCGCAAGUCGGUCAGCGACGUGGAGAUCCGACGCUACGAGGCGUUUGCGCAGAGCAUGAAGAACUCGGGAGGCAGCAGCUUCUUCCGAUUCCCGAGUGCGGGCGAGGGCGCGGACGGCAACACGUUUGGCGACGCGGGGAAUGACGACAGUCUUUAUGAUUAAAUUGGGUUUGUUAUCGUUUAUUGAGUCGUUAGGUAGAGGUUGAACAUUUCAAUGAAUCCAUUCUCAGAUUUGA